AAAACACAACCCCUAACUUCAAAUUCCCAAAUUUCUUCUUCUCAUUUCACUGUUUCCCGGCAAAACCCUCCCUUCUUCUUCAAGCUUUGGUGGUGGAAAUGAAGAAAUCAGCAUUACCACUGAAAAGUAAUUGUGGACCUCAGAAGAAUGUGAUGGGGAAGGAAGCUUUAGUUAAACUUUUGAGAUGGCACUUUGGACAUUCUGAUUUCAGGGGGAAGCAAUUGGAAGCUAUUGAAGCUGUUUUAUCAGGAAGGGAUUGCUUUUGUCUCAUGCCAACUGGUGGAGGGAAGUCCAUGUGCUAUCAGAUCCCUGCUUUGACAAAACCAGGAAUUGUGCUUGUUGUUAGUCCUUUGAUAGCUCUCAUGGAAAAUCAAGUUUCAGCAUUGAAAGAAAAAAGGAUUCCUGCUGAAUUUCUUUCGUCAACCCAGACAGUUCAAGUGAAAAAUAAGAUAUACGAGGACCUCGAAUCUGGGAAGCCAGCUGUAAGGUUACUGUACGUGACACCAGAACUAAUUGCAACAUCUGGAUUUAUGUCAAAACUGACAAAGAUUCAUUCCAGAGGAUUGUUGAAUCUAAUUGCCAUUGAUGAGGCGCAUUGCAUCUCUUCAUGGGGCCAUGACUUCCGGCCUAGCUAUCGGAAUCUUUCUUCGCUGAGAAGUCAUUUCCCAAAUGUACCAGUAUUGGCUUUGACAGCAACUGCUGUCCCUAAAGUUCAGAAAGAUGUCAUAGAAUCAUUGAAUUUGCAAAGCCCUCUAGUCCUGAAAUCAUCGUUCAACCGGCCAAAUAUCUAUUAUGAAGUUCGCUAUAAAGACCUUUUGGAUGAUCCAUAUGCUGACGUGUGUAAAUUACUAAAAUCUUGUGGAAAUGUGUGCGCUAUUAUUUACUGCCUGGAGCGUACUAUGUGUGAUGAUCUUGCGAUCCAUCUAACUAGCAGCGGCAUUUCUUGUGCUGCAUAUCAUGCUGGGCUGAACAAUAAAAUGCGGAGCUCUGUCUUGGAUGACUGGAUUUCUUCAAAAACACAAGUGGUUGUUGCAACUGUAGCUUUUGGGAUGGGUAUAGAUAGAAAGGAUGUCAGAGUGGUCUGUCACUUCAAUAUUCCCAAAUCAAUGGAAGGCUUCUAUCAAGAGUCAGGCAGAGCUGGACGUGAUCAGUUGCCUUCCAGAAGUGUACUGUAUUAUGGAGUGGACGACCGCAGGAGAAUGGAGUUUAUUUUAAGGAAUACUAAAAGGAAUAAGGAUGAGUUCUCAAGCUUGCAAGAUAAAUCCUCUAAGAAGUCCCUGGAUGACUUCAGCCAGAUGGUUGAGUAUUGUGAAGGGUCUGGUUGUCGUAGGAAAAUGAUACUUGAGAGCUUUGGAGAGAUGGUACCUGCUUCUUUAUGUGAAAAAUCAUGUGAUGUGUGCAAGCAUCCUAAUCUAGUUACAAGUUACUUGGAGCAACUUAAAACUGCAACUGCUUUCCGGCAGCGAACUGGAUCUUCAAGAAUAUAUAUGACCAGUGGUUCGAGUAUCAAUGCGGAGGAACAAUCGUCAGAAUUCUGGAACCGUGAUGAUGAAGCAAGUGGAUCAGAAGAAGAUAUAUCUGAAUCUGACGAUGCUCUGGAUGCUGCAAAGAAUGUCGCUUCAUCGAAAACAUCCGCAAAACUCAGGCUGCAAGAUAAAAUGGAUUUGCUGCAGCGUGCAGAAGAGAAUUAUUAUCAGAACAAAAGGCAUGACAAGCAGGUCAAUAAACUUGACAAGAAUGCCAUACCUGAAACACUCAGGGAAGCAGGCAAGCAGAGAUUGCUGAAUGCAAUAAAGAAAAACCAGCAAAUGAUCAGCGAUUCAAGGAUUGACAUUGAUAUAUCUGUAGUUUUCCUUGAAAAUGAAUGUUAUAAGAAGUAUGGCAAAAGUGGAAAGUCUUUCUAUUUAUCACAAAUGGCAAGUACAGCUGGGUGGCUUUCUACAGCGGGUCCAAUGGAAUUAGUGAAUAAGCUCAGCAGUUCUAAUCCUGCUUCUCCUGAGAAUGUAACAUCCAUAUCCAACUGCACUCCAGAAUCAUCAAAUCUUUCGGUGCCAAUACCUGCAAAGGUUAAUGAUGAGAAAGUUGAUAACGCUGGAUCACAAGAUCCAAUAAGGUCACCAGCCUCACCCCUACACGAAUCCACAAGUGCAAAGUUACCACCCAUCCUGUCUUUCUCGCAGUUUAUCAACAGCGGAAAGGCAAAGGAAAACCUUGCAUCUGCAUCAAAGAGGCAAUCACCAGAUAGAGGUAAGAAGAAUCUAGAGAAGAGGAUGAGAUUUCAAUAGGCUUCUGAUUCUUCAGAAAUCCUACUGCAAAUAUUUGGCAAAGCAAGUCCCUGUAUAUUAGCACAUUUUUACUGAAUACCAGUGGGUAGUCAUAAUUAGUUGUAAGUUCUUCUGUUCAUUCUUUUAUUUAACUUGUAUCUUACUUGAGCAUGCUUGCAAAUUAGGGUAUGCAAUGAAUGCUCUGUGCUUAUGAAUUUUGGUUCUUCUCUUGA